AUGCAGGCCAACGCACAGGUUGCGCCAGCCGACCGCCGCGACUCCGGCAAGGCGUCUGACGGCAUCAGAAGCAGCCCCGCCUCCAAUGCAAACGGCCCCGUUCCUGAACGCCAAUUGCAAGGUCACCAGAGACUCGUCUUCACCGAUCCUGUCGCCCUCCGAUAUCUCGAGGAAGAUCCCUCCACAGACGUGCUACACCGACGGACCACUUUGCAAGGAUACGAGAUCUAUAUUGUUGAACAAUGGGCUUGUUCGCGAUCGCAUCCCACCUUUGUAAUAUCUACGUAUACGGGUGACCCGUCACACACGGUGGUAGUCGGCGUGCUGAGCGUCCCGACAGAUGAGACAACAUGGUCACCCCGCCUACGGAUGUACUUCGAUGCGGUCGAGGACUACCAUGCUCGGAGGAAAGAGACGCCGCUGGGCACGAUUAUGGUGACAGAUCUGGGCUCAUUCCCAUCCUCACUCAUGGUCAUUCCGGUGCCGGAGGGCGAUAUAAAGAAACACAGGGACGAUUUUAUUGUGAAUGAGAACUUGAAACGGCUCGGCUGCGCUGGUCGCGCCGGUUUGAAGCUCCAGCAGCCUCUGCCAGCGACAGAAGCCAAGUUUCACCAAUUAUACCGAGCAAGCGAGCGAGUCUACAUUUAUGAUGCCGUCAUCGAGCUGGUCAAGCAAUGCCAAAUUGCACUAAUGGUUUUUGAUAAGCUGGCUCCUGAAUAUGUGGAUGGUUUACUCUGCGAUGUGACAGAGGAAGCUAUUGGUAACUGGUGGGCGGAUAUUGGAACAGAGCUAUACAAUAUCGAACCCAGCGAUGGAGUCCUGGGACCGACUACUGUGGCUGCCCUGCUGGGAACUCUUCUGGGCGCCCGCAAUCGACUUCACGCCUAUGGAGCCCCAGUUGGAAAGGAUGCAUUUGACAUCGACAACCUGAAGAGAGGAAUUGGGGGAUUCCAAAAAUCUCAAAAAAUGAAUCGCUCACGCAGACUGGAUCGACGGACCUUGGAUAGACUCCAUCGUGCCACGGCCAAAGCAGCCAACGCCGAAGGAUGGACCGACGCUAUCAAAUCUACUAUGACGGAACUCAGCGGACAGGGCGGUGAAAUGGUGAUGGGUAUGGUUCGUGGCCGAGAAAAGGGUAACAUCGCCGAUAUUGAAACCCUCGACUUGGAUGUUUUUGUCCAGUGCGUCUAUGGAUCGAGAGCUAAAUGGCUCUGGCUGGGUAAACCCCGUAAGACGGGCAGUGGCCUCAACAAUGGAUUCACCAAGGGUCCUGGGUCGGACAUGAUGUUUACAACGGAUGACCAAGGCGGCUACGUAUGGACUAGCCGGAAAAAACACUCAACGGAGGACCUACAUGCCGAGCGAGUUGCCUCGGGUCUGGACCGGCAAUGGAAGACACCGGAAUCAUUGACUAUUGAGGAGAAAGAGCACCGGAAGAAGGGCGUCAGCGGUCGAGUUUCCGAUGCUCGAGCCGGUCUUGGUCGGUUCAAGGAUGCAGUCGGUCUACCUGGACUGCGUUCUCAUAACCACAAGCAACCUCGAGAUGGCUCGGAACUGACACACGAUAUUGCGUACCGCCCAUCCAUCGACAGUGACACAGAGGCGCCUUUCCCCAGAGCCCGAGUGGGUUCCGAUUUGUUAUCUGAAUCAAAGGGUGAGGAGUUGGCAACCCAGCUAGAGGAAAACGAAAAUGCCCAGCCCACUGCGAUAGGCGACGUGGGAUCUGAUGUCAACCCCCCAGAAAUCCAUAUUGAAUCUCCUCCGCCAGCAGAGGAGCCAGAAGCCCAGGAGGAAGAUGAAGUACCAGAUAUGCAGCCCAUUCGAGGAGCAGACGAGGAAUCAGACACUGAGCGCACCAGAACUCGUUCUACUGCCGCCUCCAGUGAACGUGGACGCGACCGUGAUGAAUCUGCGUCUGGCUUGGCCAUGAUGGCCUUGCAGCGGCCCCAGAGCUGUGAAGAGCUCCGGAAUAUCCACAGAAACGCAAACCAGGAUGAUAAUCGAUGUCCCCGACACUUAUCGUUCAGCAAUGUCGAAGAAGUUGUGCUGAACUGGGAGUCGCUUGGCGGGCAGCUGAGGAUCAAAGACACCGCCAACCUGGAAGAGGCCAUUGCACAAGAGGAUAUGCUGGCCUCUGAUGCUCGUAUAUUCAGCUCGAGAAUCCUAGAACUGAGCGAACAUACCGUUCCCUGGGUCGAGCGUCAGGUCAAUUCAGUGGAUGGGCUCAAUCAGGUGUUAUAUGAUCGACACGAAGAGCUCAAUGCGGUCUAUCUAGAUCGCUUUGGCGAUUACCAGCGUCUGCGCGAAAGAUCCAGUGACCUGCUGACAGACGAGCACUCCCAUCUUACUGAUGGCGUGAAGCGUGUUGAACUUCUGGGCGCGAAACUGGAUUACGAGCUCCAUGUCCUCGAAUCCAAAGUCGACGAUGUGGAGGAAGGCGUGACCGACUUUGAGCGACACAUUGCCAAUGUCGAAACCCGAAUUAAAGCCCUCCUGAAGGGCGAGGAGGAACACAGCAGCAUUUCCUGGAUGGCCUGGGUACGGCGCUCAUUCGGAUCCCCGGCGCAAUGA